AUUCAUGCAGAAAAGAAAAGGAGGGAUCUCAGCAGCUGAACUGAAGGCACUCCAGGGAAACCUGCCGUUGAUUGCGAAAAUCAUCUUCGAUCCUGAAAUUAAAAGUAAAGCUGGAAAGGAAUUUACAAACAAGAAAAGGAAGAAGUUUGGGAUUGGACUUACAGGAUCUGGGCUUGGAAAUGCCUCAGCCUAGUGUAAGCGGAAUGGAUCCGCCUUUUGGGGAUGCCUUUCGAAGCCACACUUUUUCGGAACAGACUCUAAUGAGCACAGACCUCUUAGCAAACAGCUCAGAUCCAGAUUUCAUGUAUGAACUGGAUCGAGAGAUGAACUACCAGCAGAAUCCUAGAGACAGCUUCCUUUCUUUGGAGGACUGCAAAGACAUUGAAAAUCUGGAGUCUUUCACAGAUGUCCUGGAUAACGAGGGCACUUUAACCUCAAACUGGGAGCAGUGGGAUACAUACUGUGAAGACUUAACAAAGUACACCAAGCUAACCAGCUGUGACAUCUGGGGAACAAAAGAAGUGGAUUACUUGGGUCUUGAUGAUUUUUCCAGCCCUUACCAAGAUGAAGAGGUCAUAAGUAAAACUCCAACUUUGGCCCAGCUUAAUAGUGAAGACUCGCAGUCUGUUUCUGAUUCCCUGUAUUACCCAGAUUCACUUUUCAGUGUCAAACAAAAUCCUUUGCCUUCUUCAUUCCCUGGUAAAAAGCUUGCAAGCAGAGCAGCUGCCCCUGUGUGUUCUUCUAAGAUUCUUCAAGCUGAGGUCCCUUUGUCAGACUGUGUCCAAAAAGCCAGUAAACCCACUUCAAGCACACAAAUCAUGGUGAAGACCAACAUGCAUCAUACUGAGAAGGUGAACUUUCAUGUUGAAUGUAAAGACUAUGUUAAAAAGGCAAAAGUAAAGAUCAACCCAGUGCAGCAGAGCCGGCCAUCGCUGAGCCAGGUUCACGCAGACGCAGCAAAGGAGAACACCUGCUACUGUGGGGUGGUAGCGAAGAGGCCAGAAAAGAAAGGGACGGAGCCUCUCCAGGGUCAUGCCACUCCAGCUUUGCCUUUUAAAGAAACCCAGGAACUACUGCUCAGUCCCCUGCCCCAGGAGGGUCCUGGGGCAAUUGCUGCAGGAGAGAGUAGCAGCCUUUCUGCCAGCACAUCGGUCUCAGAUUCAUCCCAGAAAAAAGAAGAGCACAAUUAUUCCCUUUUUGUCUCUGACAACUUGGGUGAACAGCCAACUAAAUGCAGUCCUGAAGAAGAGGAGGACGACGACGAGGAUGUCGAUGAUGAGGACCAUGAUGAAGGAUUUGGCAGUGAGCACGAACUUUCUGAAAAUGAGGAGGAAGAGGAGGAGGAGGAGGAAGAUUAUGAAGAUGACAAGGAUGAUGACAUUAGUGACACUUUCUCUGAACCAGGCUAUGAAAAUGAUUCCAUGGAAGACUUGAAGGAGAUGACUUCAGUAUCCUCUCGGAAGAGAGGUAAAAGAAGGUACUUCUGGGAGUACAGUGAACAACUCACACCAUCACAGCAAGAGAGGAUGCUAAGGCCAUCUGAAUGGAACCGAGACACCUUGCCAAGUAAUGUGUAUCAGAAAAAUGGCUUACAUCAUGGAAAAUACGCAGUAAAGAAGUCAAGGAGAACUGACGUAGAAGACCUGACUCCCAACCCUAAAAAACUGCUGCAGAUAGGCAAUGAGCUGCGGAAACUGAACAAAGUGAUCAGUGACCUGACCCCAGUCAGUGAGCUCCCCUUAACUGCCCGGCCACGGUCAAGGAAGGAAAAGAACAAGCUGGCUUCCAGAGCUUGUCGAUUAAAGAAAAAAGCCCAGUAUGAAGCUAAUAAAGUGAAAUUAUGGGGCCUCAACACAGAAUAUGAUAAUUUAUUGUUUGUAAUCAACUCCAUCAAGCAAGAGAUUGUAAACCGAGUACAGAAUCCAAGAGAGGAGAAAGGACCCAACAUGGGGCAGAAGCUUGAAAUCCUCAUUAAAGAUACUCUUGGCCUCCCAGUUGCUGGGCAAACCUCAGAAUUUGUUAACCAAGUGUUAGAGAAGACCGCAGAAGGCAACCCCACCGGAGGCCUUGUAGGACUAAGGAUACCAGCAUCAAAAGUGUAAUCAGCUUCAUUGGACCUCUGGGUUCGUCCUGUAACUUUAGCAUUGGUGGUUAAGUGAUGCUAGGGCUGACCGCGCAUAAGAAGUCACAGAGGAGCGGAAGGGCAAGAAUUCAGAGUAUUUGUUCAUGCAAUGUGGCCACCUCUCUUGCAUAGCCGCAUAGGAUCCUGUUUGUAAUGCUAUCAGAUUCUGUCGUUUUGUUCCCCUGUCCCCUACCCCACACCCCCACAACUGGAGCUAUGGAACUUUAUUGGAUUCAGUCUUGUCUUUUGUCUAGAAAGAAUUUUAUCUUGUUGACGCAUGAGCUGUUUAAAAUUUAUUCUAUUAAAUGUUGGUUAAUAGUUGUGCAGUUUUUCUUUUCAGAAGAAAAGGCAAUUCCAAUGUUGCCUUUGUUCUGUCACCUUCCAACCCCUCGGCACUUCUAGUCAGAUACAGACUCAUCUGUGUAUGCAACAUCCUUUGUAAUUUAAAAUAAAAAAAAAAGAUGAAAAGGUU